UGUUGACAAACUAGGCUCGUACUUAUCUUAAAAACGGGACGAAAAAACAGUUUUAUUAUCUCAUAUGUCGAUCUAAUGUCUUUUAUUUCUAAAAAUAUCUUUCGAAUAAUAAAUUGUUAAAAGUUUUGAACUUCGCCUAAGAGUUCGAAAAUAAUCUACGAAAAUGAACUAAUAGAAAAAAAAAGUGUCGAAAAGUUUCGAUUAUAUAUUCUAAGAAUGAAUGAAGAGUAAAUUAUUUGUGAGAAUUUAAGUUAAUAUGAAAAUAAAUAAGUUAGUCAAUAUUCUAGAACAAGCUCUAGAAAUAAAAAUAUCUUAAAUUAUUUCAACUAAAACGAAAAAGAACAAAGAAAAUGAAUUUAUUUUUUUUCAGCCAAGAUAAAUUCCAUAAACAAAUUAAAAAACUACGUAAAUGAUAAUUUUUUCAGAUUUGUUGUUAAUCUUUUGAAGUUUUCUAAACAAACUUAAUGAUGAAUAGUCAAAUGGAAAGAUUUAUUGUUAUUCUUUUAUAAAGUAAGACCACUAAAAAAGAACUCGUUUAUUAUAUAAUAGAUAAGAUGUAUUAUAUUGAAAUAAUUUCUCUCGUAUAACUGAAGUCAAUUGAUUUUUUUCACGUUUAUCAUUGAGAAAAAAAAGAAUAGUUUGUUUUUGAAGAAAUCGUUAUGAGAAAUAAAUUUGCUAAUAUUGUCUAUUAUAAAUUUUGCAAGACUCUAAUUGAUUUUUCGUUUAUAGAGUUGAUAAUUCAUUAUUAUCUUCUGAUAUAAUCGAGAGUCUCAAUAGAAUGGUUGAAUAUAAUAAAAAAAAAUAAAAUAUUUUCAAUUGAAAAAUGAUAAAACUAAUGUAAUUAGUGACAAUACUUAUUUACACUAGACAAUAUAUAAUAUCAAAUCUUUCAAAUAUAUUUUAAAAAACACAUAUUUUCUACAAAAAUUUUAUUUUAAUAAAUAAUCUGAUUAUAUAAACGAUAGUACUCAAAAUCUUCUCGAUCAAUUUUAUAUGUAAAAACGAUGAUUUGUCAAUAAUGUAACCGGCUGUGUAAGAACAUUUCUUUGACCUAGGCUGAUUUCAACGUAAAAAAACCAACCAGGCGUUUCUUUUUCUUUCUCAAGAAGAAAGACAAUAUAAUAUAAGCAUGAUUAGGUAGAUCUAUAUAUAUAUAUAUAUACCCAAUCGGGUGACAUAAUCAUAGGUUGAUAGUAUUUAUAAAGCUAACAAAAUAAAAAUAUUGAAAAGAGUAUUAAUUUAAAUUUAUCAAUGUUUGGAAGUAUUAGUAGUGAAAUUUGAUCAUACAAUGUUAUUGCCAAAUAAGAUGGAUAUAAAAUUGAUCAAUAUUAUAAAUAAUAUUCCUAUGAAGUUCCAGCAAAGACUGAUUUUUCAUCAAAUACUGGAAGUGGAUUUUUUCGAUUGUUUAAAUAUAUAUCUUUAAAUAAUAAUACACAAGGAAAAAUCUCGAUAACAGCUCCAGUUAUAAUGCAAGAAAGUGAAUGUGAUAGUGAUAUAAAACGUCGAAUGUCAUUUAUAAUGUCUUCUUCAAGAUUUCAAUCUUCAGAUAAAAUUUCAACAGCUAGUGAUAAAAAUAUUGAAAUUAUCGAACAAGAUAAUUUAUUUAAUAUCGGUUCUAUUACAUUUAAUAUGUCAAUAAUAAGAGAGAAAAAUGCAAUAAAAUAA